GUCUCGCAUCAGCAGUAGACGAGAACGGUCGCAUCCAGAAUGGGGAACGCCGAAUCAGCUCAAGAUGCGCAGUCGGGGUCAUACGAUUUCGGAGUGCAGGUGAGCGAUGGCUGCGUACGUGAGCUAGCCAUAACAAACUUUGUGACGACCACGGCUACAUUUACGUGGAAUAUCCACCAGCUGAGGAGGUGGCCAAAAGGUACAUUCGAAGCAUCGUCGCCAGUGUUCGUGCACCCCAGUGCGAGCAGAUGGAGCAUGCAACUGUCCAAAGACCACCACGAGGCCUUCUACCUGGGUUUCAUACUGAUCUCUUCUGAGAAGGGAGUACCUGUGAGAGCCACCAUCAAGACCAAGGCCAAAUGCAAAGCUGGUCAAAUAUCAGAGCUGCCUAUCAUAGAGUCUGAGCUGUUCAAAGUGGGCGAGGUGCAGAGGAAGGAGUGGCUGCGAGGCUUCAGCCAACCGAAGGAUGUGCAGUCAGACGAGCUACUGCUGGAGAGCGAGGUGGUCGUGGUGCGCGGCGUGGCGGAGUCCGCUCCAGGACCCACCAACAGUCUCAAGGGUGACCUGGCAAUGCUGCUCAAGCUGGAGGAGGACGCUGACGUCACGCUGCUGGCCGGUUCCGGCGCGGAGCGGCUGAGGGCGCACUCGACGAUCCUGCGCGCCCGCAGUCCUGUGUUCGCUUCCAGGUUGCAGUCACCGGAGGUAGCCACCAAAUCUGGCUACGUGUUCGACAUGCAGGACGUGAAGCCGCACGUGGUGAAGGAGAUGCUACGCUACAUCUACACCGACAGUACUCCGGAGCUGUCGCAGAUGACAGAGGAGCUGCUUGCCCUCGCCAACAGGUUCGAGCUGAUGGGCCUGGUGAGGCGUUGUGAAUUCGAGCUUUGCCAGAAGCUGACAGUGGACAAUGCUGCCCGAACCGCACUGCUAGGGGUGCAACACUCCUGCCUGACGCUCCUGCAGGUCGUGGUGCCAUUCAUCGAGCAGAGGUACGGAGAAGUGAUGGGCACCCCUGGAUGGACUGUCGCUGUCCGCACCGACCCCGAAGCCAUGGCUACUGUCAGCCGACUCAUCUCCGAUGCUGCCAAGGGACAGUUCAAAAUUCGACUUUCAUCUCACUAACUGCAUUUUACUGGGGAUAGACACAAUCCAGUGAGGAAACAAAAUGUCUCUCCUGAUGUACUCACUUUUCCUGACUAGCCUGCGACAGUCCGCACCAACCUCGAUGGCUACGGUCAGCUCUCUGAUCUCGGACGCUGCCGUGGGGCAAUUCAGAAUUCGAACCUCAUGUCAAUAAAUCUUAGUGCGGCUAGUCGCUACCCUGUGCAGAAAAUUUUUUUCCCCAAGUACUCGACUCUCCUUAAAUACAAGUUGGGCUUCAAAAAACUGCUACAUGAAAUGGAAAGCAGCACCCUUCUUCAACAAAUUAAUAAAAGUUUGGAAAUUAGUAUUGCACGGUGAAACAGUCCAGCGGGGAGGCAGGUGAGGAAUAUGCACCACACUGUGGAGAGACACCCAUCGUGUGCUGUGUCUCACUUUCCUGUACAUCUUGUCAAUUUCGCAUAGUCAAAUCGGGAACUCUGACAGGACUUAUUAAUAGCUGGAAACCUAGGUCACUCAAGACUGUUGCGGUCUCAUCAACGAAUAUUAGGCUACUGUAUCAAUUUAUAAAACAGUCAAGAUCGCAAUAAUAAUUUAUUUAAAAAUGAUGACCAGGUUCGGCCUCUAUACUGUCCAUUUUCAGAUCUAAUUCACUCUAAACAUAUAAAGAGCGCCAAGUACCAAAUUACAGCCGGCCGGGGUGGCCGAGCGGUUCUAGGUACUACAGUCUGGAGCCGCGCGAUCGCUACGGUCGCAGGUUCGAAUCCUGACUCGGGCAUGGAUGUGUGUGAUGUCCUUCGGUUAGUUAGGUUUAAGUAGUUCUAAGUUCUAAGGGACUGAUGACCUCAGAAGUUGAGUCCCAUAGUGCUCAGAGCCAUUUGAGUCAUUUGAACCAAAUUACAAAGGAAAGUCAGGGAAUAACAUAUGGUGCGAAAACAGAAAGAUGAACAAGAUUUAAAAUAAUAUAGCACAUACCCAUAUGGCUUCAGCCAAUGGUGAACAGAACGGUUGUGUGAAAUCAUGGUCGUUUACUGCUGCUGAUGGCUAAGUGCCAAUGGUUACAUAGAGAGGAAAUGCGCGCUUAUUCCGCCUGACAUUCGCCUCAGACAAUGGUCAAUGGGUUAUGUCAGGUGAGUUCAAAUGGACGAAUAGAAAUGUGAAAAAAAUAAAAGUAUUUGUAUAACAUUAUACGAAAACUAGCUUAUAAAUAACUAUAUUAGUUCGCUGAUAAAAAUGAUGUAAGCUAAAAACAUUAAAAAUUAAGAGAGGCAAUGUGAUAAGCUACGUGGUAAUCAAUCGGCGCCUGGGGCCUUGUUUGGUACUUGCAGAGAUGUCAUUCCAUAGCAACCUCAUCAUCAAAGUAGCUGCGGGCACUCGAAGAUGUACCAGGAGGACGCCGUAUGUUGCUAUGACGGUAUCAUGCGGCUUCAGUAUCCACUGGCAAGGAUGAAGCAGUGAGGCACCGCAGAUUGUGUUGGCAUUAGUGUGUUGAUAUGUUAUGACUAGCACCAGGACAUUUGUUGACAGUGCAUAAAGAAGCUAAAAGGUCAAUCAUUAUACUGAAAAGAUAUACCUAAAAAUGUAAUACCGUAAUGAAUAAUUGUGUGUAUAUGACAGCACCGAAGAAUGUUGCUGCCUGAAGCGUUCGUUCAUUUGUAUGCAUGCUACGCAAAUCAUUGCCCAUUGGCAGUGGCUGACGUGAUGUGGCAUAGGUGUGCGUUUUUCACUCUAUUUAACUCAUGGCAGAUUAGCCAUCAGCAGCAGUAAACGACCCUGAUUUCACAUACGUGUUCCAUGCACUACCAGCUGCAGCCAUAUGGUUAAGUGCUGCAUUGUUCUAACACUAUGCUUUUUUCUGACUUAUCUAUGUAAUUUGGUACUUGACACUCUUUAUAUCUUUACGGUGCAUUGGAUCUGAAUAUGAUUGGCAUAAAGGUCAAAACUGCUUAUAAAAAAUUAUUUCGACCUUGACUCUUUUAUUAAUUGAUAAUUUAUAAUAGAUCGCUUUCAAUUCCCCAAACCAUGCCAACUGCAGUUGGCCUACUAUGUCUGCAAGUCCAUAAAGAAACGUUGUAGUCCAGUUUCAGUCACUGACAUCAGUUUCAGUUCAUUUUCUUGCUUUCUUACUCUCUAUUUGUCUAUUCUUUGUUACUCUUCUUCUCAUGUUACCUCUUUCUUUCUUCUAUCAAUAAAUUUCUUCAUUACUUGAAAGUAUUACUGUUAAUACUGAUUCAUCUUUUUUUUCAUUUAUUUUGUUAUAUCUAAGAUUAGCAAUAUUGUUGAUUUAUUUUUUCCAGUAAUAAAUGAAUGAUUAUUUUGCAACCCUCUUCUCACUGGAUCAGUAAAGACACCAUGGAGAAGUUAACCCUUUGUUGACCACGUUGUUACUUCUAAUUUCUCAGCCAUGUAAAUGUACUGUACUUUGUAAUAUUCUGAUCAUGUCUCUCUGUUCUAUUAAAUUUAUAGUUCAUUGUCAAACAGCUAGAAAAUAAUUUUGUCUUGAAAUUAUUCUAUACUUUUUUAUCUCCACAGUCCAAGAAAUACAGUACAAAUGUGACAUGGCAUAGCUUUUAGUUAAUUUUUGUAUAAUUCUACAUGGACUUUUUAAAUUUUGUUUGAUAUACAUUUAUCUGAUGUACUUAUAUGUAUGGUCACUAGAUCUUAACGUUUUUCUUUUUCUUUAAAUCCAGUUGUAUUCAUUGUUUGCUUGAUUAAAUGCUUAGCAAAUGGUACAUUUUUGUACUAUCUCUCCAUUCAAACCGUUCUUAGAAGUAUUAUUGGUUUAAUUUUAUACAUUCUGAGCUAUGCGUUGCAUUUUCAUCACCUCUGGUUUGCAAGAAAUAUUUUCCCAUAAAUUUCAAGACAAAUUUAG